AGUUUGUACUUCCGGGUCAAUUGAUAUCGAAAGUUUGGCGCACUUGUGAUAGUGUUUUCGCAAAUAUCUAAGUAUAAAAAUCAACAAACAAACAAAACAACAUACGGCAAGGAGCAGCAACAAUGUCUGCACAGAGCUCGUCAUCUAGUGGCAGGAGUCUACAAGGAGGACUUCCAGGUCCUGAGGAGUUUACAGUCAGAAUACAGAAGAAUCCUCUGAAGAAAUACAAUGUGAUGAGAUUUGCUGCCAACAGUGGUGUGGACAUGUCUACGUGGAGAGAGGCCAACAUGGAGAGGGAGACCAGUACCAUGGACAUCUACAAGGACGAGACCAUGCCGGAGUACGGGGAGGGGAGUGAAUACGGGCGGAAGUGGCGUGAGGAGGCUCGACAGAAAAAAUACGGCAUCAACAAGACCAAACUCAAGCUGGAGGACCAGCCCUGGUUACUGAAGAUUGGAGGCAAAGGGGGCAAAAGAUUUGUAGGGAGAAAGGAGGGCGGAAUCAACGAAGCCUCGUCGUACUUUGUCUUCAGACAGACGGGAAACAAGACGUUUGAGGCCUGCCCUGUGGAGUCCUGGUACAACUUCACUCCUCAGAUCAAGUACAGGUACCUCAACGAGGAGGAGGCUGAGGCUGAGUUUGAGAAGAGACAUAAAGUUCUGAACUACUUCAACAUCAUGAUGAAGAAGAGACUGGAGAAUAAAGAGGAAGGAGAAACAGAGGGGGAAACAGAGAAGAACGUAUCGGCCAGAGACGACUUGAAAGUACGGGAGGGGGACGAUUCAGACUCUGACUUGGGCGGCUUCUCGGAUGACUCAGAUAAUGAAGCAGAGGGGAAAAAAGAAAAAGCAAAAACUGCCAAGAAAAAGAAAGAUACCAAGGUCCAGAAGAAAAAGAAGAAGAAACAAAAAGGUUCUGAUGAUGAGGCCCUAGAGGACAGUGAUGAGGGAGACUAUGAUGGCAGAGAAGUGGACUAUAUGUCUGACGAAGAUGAAAGUGCCUCAGAAGAAGAAGUAGACAAGUCUAAAACCGACGGUACAGACCUGAAGGGAGUGGACCAGGAGAUGGAGAUGUCCUCUAGUGAGGAGGAGGAGGAGGGGGAGGGGGAGAAGGAAGGGGAGACUGCUGACGGGGAGAAAACAGCAGAAGACAAACCUGCCAAAAAAGAAGAGAGUGACAGCAGCUCAUCAGAAGACAGCGAUGUUGACCUUGAGUCCUCCGCACUCUUCAUGCAGGACAAGAAGGGUGGAAAGACUCAUGGGAAGGGUAGCGGCAAGGGCCGAAGUAAGAAGUCAUUGAAGCCCCUGGGAGGGAAGGUAGGGUCUAAGGGAGACUCCCGAUCAGGCAGUAGCAGCAGCAGCAGGGCCAGUACACCUGCACCUGACGGAGGCAUCGGGUCUACACUGGCUGCUGCAGCCAAGAAGUUAGAACAGCAGAAAGGUACAAAGCGAGCAGGUGAGGGAGACAGUCCGCUGCCCAAGAAGGCUCGCCACAGUCGCAGUCACGAAGGGUCAGGAUCAGGGUCAGGCACUCCAACAAGUGAGCUUGGUCUUACAGAGGAGUCAGUGAGAAGAUAUCUGAUGAGGAAACCCAUGACAGCCAAGGACCUUCUUAAGAAGUUCCCAACGGGUAAGACAGGGUUGAACCGCGACCAGACAGUGGCUAAAGUGACGGAGAUCCUCAAGAAACUUAACCCGGAGAAGAAAACGAUAAAUGGCAAGAUACAUCUUUGGCUGAAAUCUUGAACUUGUUUUAUCUCUUUAGUCAUGUGGAAUUCUUUAGUCAUUGGUGAAUGUACAUGUGUUUGGAAUGUAUUUUGUGACAUAGAAACAGUUGUGUAUCUUCUCAUCUGUGAAGUAUAAUCUCAUGCUUGUCCAGACCCAUAACAGAGUUUGUGGACACAGACCUCUAACUAGGGAAAACCACAUACUGUAUGCUGAUUAUAACCUUGGGUAUAUUAAGACAUCAGAUUCCUACAGAUUACAAAUAAUUGCCAUCAAUUGUUAAUAGGAUUGAUUGUUUAGUUGGUCGCAUGGAACACAAUUUAAUCAGGCUUUGUAAUUUCUGUUUUCAAAAUUGGUAAAUGUACAGUUGACAUGUUCAUAUGUUCCUCUUUGUAAUAAUGUCACACAUACUUAAGAAAAGGUUAGAUGUACCUGUUUUUUGUAAAGUUAAGAUUAAAAUAAGAUAAGUGUACAAGAUGUAAAGCAUUGUAUGGAGCUUAUUAAAUUUUCGUAUUAAAACAUCUUUGUCACACUGCUGUCUGUAUCUGAAUCAGUAUAGCUGGUAUAAUCGCCCUUCGGCGUAUCACAUCAGCUU